UAACACACAUAUUAAUAAAAUCCAGUUAGAAUAAAAUUUUUCAAAAUUAAAACAUAAUAAUUAAUUACAGUAAUUGACAUAAUCUUAUCAUUCUUAUCCAUACUUUUCGAUGUUCGUAAUUUAAUUAAAUAUAUCAGUGUGACAUUAAAUUGUUUUAUAAACAUUAAGAAUCAUUUCAAACUUCUAUUUCUUCUCAAAAUAAACAACGUUAUUACAUAUGAGCUAUGACAUUGAAUAUUACAUUUCAAUUAUUUUUAUAAGCAUAAUGUUCGUGAAAGGAUUAUUCUCGAUUAAAUACGCAAAUUACGAUCUGCAUAAAUUACACAAGUGUAGGUAUACGUGUAGGUAUUUACGCAUGUGUAUACGUAAGAAAAAUGUGGACUUUAAACUUUAAACUUAUAAAAAGGAGAUAUAUGUGUAUAUACACAUACAGGAUGUCAAUUUGAAAACAUAAAUAACUUUUGAUAUUUCCUGUUAGUAAUCGAUUUGCAUGUAUUUAUACAUAUUCAUUGAAUAAAGGAGAAUCAAAUCAAAGGAACAUAAGCAAUUUAGUAUACUGGCAAAAGAUAAUAUCAGAUGGGUCAAUUGCAUUUAAGUUAAGGUCAGGUUGUAUUUUGUCCUAUUGGUCACUUUUAUAGAUAUACAUAUAAUACAAGAUAAUAGUAAAAUAAUUAAAAUGUAUACAAGACAAACAUUCUAUAACUUCUAACCUCUAAUUUUUAGAAAUCUUCAUCAAAUCUCUGGACUACAGCAUAAAGUGUAUUUUAAUUUGUAAUGAUGAUAGUUGGGAGGAUGUUAUUACCUACUCUUGCCAGAACAAGAUUGACUUCCUAUGCAAGACCACAAUUGUUAAAGCAGAGACAAGAUUUGACUUUAUUUCUAUUAGUAUGUAAAUUAUCAAACUAUCAUAUUACAAAAAAUAUUGAAUAUAUUUCGCAAAAUAAUGUAAUUAGAAAUGGCACAGCUGUACAGAAUUUUAAUAACGAGGAGAAUAAACCUCUAUUAGUUUUACUUAGUUGGUUGUUACCAAAACGUAAACAUGUUCUGAAAUAUGCAGAUUUGUAUUUGGAACAAGGGUUUGAUGUCGUGGUAGUAUCAAUUACUCCUUGGCAGCUAUUAUGGCCCACAAAAGGAUCUAGGCUGGUUGCAGCGGACUUGAUAGAGUUUCUGAUAAAACAUCAGAAUUAUCAACAAAUACUAUUACAUGGAUUUUCAGUAGCUGGAUAUAUGUGGGGAGAAGUAUUGGAUUUAAUGCAGGAUGACCCUAAAAAAUGUAACAAUAUAAUUGAUAGGAUUGUUGGUCAAGUAUGGGAUAGUUUGGCUGAUGUGAGUGAAUUAACAAUAGGUGCACCACGUGCUAUGUUUCCAAGAAAUGAAAUGCUACAAAAUAUGUGCCAAAAGUAUUUAGAAUAUCAUAUGAAAACUUUUUAUAAACCAUCUACUCAGUAUUAUAUAAGGUCUAGUCAAUUGUUUCAUACAAAUUUAGUGCAUAGUCCAGCAUUAUUUUUUAUAAGUAAAACAGACCCAGUGGGUUCAUUAACGAGUAAUCUAAGAGUAAAGGAAAGCUGGGAUUCUUUGGGUGUAAAGAUUUAUGUUAAGAUAUUUGAAAAUUCCCCACAUGUUGAACAUUAUCGUAAAUACCCAAAAGAAUAUGUUGCAGAACUGUAUGCGUUUUUGAAUAAAUUAAAUUUGAUGCAAAAUAAAAAGAAAAUGGCACAAUUUUAAAUGUGCCAUAUGACGUCUUAUUACUUAUAUUCUUAAAAGAUAUUCAAAACAGUAUAUUUAUGAAAUAUGUAGUUCUUUAAUAUAGAUUUUGAUACAAAUUUUUAUAUAUAAAUCAAAGCAAGUUAUUUAUAAUCAAUUGAAACUUUUUAACCAGUUAACCAGCUGUAAGUGAACUUCAUCAUCUGUAAGUAAAAAGACAUGUUUCUGUGCAAUAAUAUUAAAAGUAUAAUCAAUUUUAUAGCAAGAAACAAAGAAGUGUUCAUUUAAACAGGUAUAGUAAAAGGAAAGAGGUACUUUAUGAACUACAUAUUUUAUAAUAGUUUUAAACUUAUUUGAUGAAUUCCGUCUUUAGCAAUCAUAUGUACAUGAAUACUCACUUUUUUUUUUACAGUAACUAUUUUUUAAUCACGACGCUAAUUGCAACUUAUAUAGUACACAAGAAAAAUGUGUAUUUUAUGCAUUGAAUGUUAGUAUGCCAUUACAAAAAUGGUUAUUCAUAAUAUGUUACUUAUUAUACAAUGUAUACUUUUAAAUAUAAUAAAAUUUGAGUUGAUUAAAUUUUAUUUCUAUAAUGCA